AUGCGAUCAUUAAUAUUAUUAAUGAUUUUGACCGUGACCUGUGUACUGAGCUAUGAUGAGAAAUACGACUCAGUUGAUGUCGAUGCUAUUCUAGCUGAUGAUGGACAAUUCACUUCCUACCUUGAUUGUUUCCUUGAUAAAGCACCUUGUACUACUGAGUACUCGAAGGAAUUCAGAGAAAAAUUACCGGAAGUUAUAAAGACAGCCUGCGAAAAAUGCUCUGAUACACAGAAGGUAAAGGUGAGGAAAUUUGUAAAAGCGAUUUUUGAAAAGAAACCAGAAUUGGCUCAAGAAUUUCGAACAAAGUUUGAUCCUUCAGGGGAACACGAGCCGGCAUUCUUGGCUUUUUUAAAGCAAAGUAAAUAA